UGUUACUAUUUUUACUCAGUUUUAAAUCCCGGAAAAGGCUUCUGAAACGCUGAAAAGCUGGAGACCAAUGGGAGAACCCGGGAUAGGAGGUCCUAGUGCGCGAAGCAAUCAGAACGCGCCAAAGGUGUGGCUUUAGCGGCAUGGAUUGCCUGCGUCAUAUUGAAACUAUCCAAUCCGGAGCUUCAGAUGUUAGACACCGCCAAGAUUGGUUUUCAGACGAGGACGGUGGAAGGGAUUUAGACCUCCUCUUCCUCUGUCCUCGAUGCCAACAAAACAGCCGUCGAAGAAGCAGACGAAAAGAGUGCACUCGGAACUCGUUGGUGACAUCAGAGCUUCCCUUUCUUCAGACAGAGCCUUACUUUGUUCCGACAGGAUGAUGGCCAAAGAUGUUGGUCUGAUGGAAACCAAUGGAGAACUGAAGGUUUUCAUUGACCAGAAUCUGAGUCCUAGUAAAGGUGUCUUGUCUCUGGUUGCUGUCCAUCCUGCAUCCAUCCCUGUGGCCAAACAACUACUGCCCAAAACACUGGGGCUCUCCAAUGUCAACAUUGCUCCACACAUGGUUAUUGGUACGCCCCAGAGGCCCAGUGUUUCCAGUGCCAUACUGGUGAACAGCCCUCACACCCCCAGCUCCCAGUUCCUCACACAGAGCCAGCCGGCCGACGCGUCGCCUUGGUCAUCGGGGAAGCGUGGUAAGAAGGGGGAGAAGAAUGGCAAGGGCCUGAGGCAUUUCUCCAUGAAGGUGUGUGAGAAGGUGCAAAAGAAGGGUGUCACCUCGUACAAUGAGGUGGCAGACGAGCUGGUGGCAGAGUUCAGCGCUGCAGACAACCACAUCUCCCCCAAUGACUCUCAUGUGUAUGACCAGAAGAACAUCCGUAGGCGUGUGUAUGACGCGCUCAAUGUGCUCAUGGCCAUGAACAUAAUCUCUAAAGAGAAGAAAGAGAUCAAGUGGAUCGGUCUGCCCACAAACUCGGCCCAGGAAUGCCAGAACCUAGAGGUGGAGAGACAAAGGCGACUGGAGAGAAUCAAGCAGAAGCAGUCACAACUCCAAGAGCUCAUAUUACAGCAAAUAGCCUUUAAGAACCUGGUGCAGCGGAACCGACAGACGGAACAGCAGACAAACAGACCUCCACCCCCCAACUCUCUCAUCCACCUCCCCUUCAUCAUUGUCAACACUAGCAAGAAGACUGUCAUCGACUGUAGCAUCUCCAACGACAAGUUUGAGUACCUGUUCAACUUUGACAGCAUGUUUGAGAUCCACGACGACAUUGAGGUGCUGAAGCGUAUGGGCAUGGCCUGUGGCCUGGAGGUGGGCAAGUGUUCCCCGGAGGACCUGAAGGUGGCACGCAGCCUGGUGCCCAAAGCCCUGGAGCCCUACGUCACAGAGAUGGCCCAGGGCCCCAUCAGUAACGUCUACAUCACUGGAGGAUCCUCCACCAACGGGGGGCGCCAUCACGGCCAGGGCAGUGACAGUGGUGCAGAUGGUCCCCUGGCCUCCAGCUCUAAUGACUCUCACUACAGCGGCUCCCGUGUUGAGACCCCUGUGUCGUACAUGGGGGAUGAUGACGAGGAGGAUGACUAUGAUGAGAAUGACGAUGAAGAUUAACCUCCUGCCACUCCAUGCAUUUCUCCUCCAACAAGCAGUCUGUCUCUGCAUCUCUCUCUGUAUCGCUUUUUCUCAAGGGCGUUGAAGAAUGUUUGAGUAUGGAGGCUGUGCAACCCUCUUCUCAGAGCGGGGUCCUGAAUCACAUGAUAGCCAAUGGCUCUCUGGGAAGUGUAGUUUAUGGCUUUGGCACUGUGCUGCGUCCUUUCUGUGUAUUAUCACCCUCUUCUUGGCAAGCCAUCCCACUCGAGAAUAAAGCAACAAAAAAAUCUUCCAGACAACUCAUUGCUGUUGGAGAAUGUAUAGUGUUCCUUGUGUGUGAAAUAGUUACCUUUAUUAUGUUUUAAUUACAUUGGAGAGACUCAAUGGUGAACCACUGUUUCAAGAUGGCUGCCAGUGUAACUGCACCAGACUGCUGGCUCAGAGACAUUCACUGGAUCCAAAAUGGCUGAUUUAGUUGCAACAAUGCCCUAAGAAAGAUUACGACUGCCCUUUUGAAAGUGUGGACACUAUUUUGUUACACCUCCCCUGCUAUUUGUGGCAUUGAUUUCAAGCAGGGAAUUUGUAUCUGCUCCCCACAGUUCUGUAGGCAGCUGCUUUUUUGGUCCUUGUUUGUUUUUUGUUUUUGGAGCGUUUUAGCAGCGACUCAAUCCCUCAAACCACCCUGUCACACCGUGGUAGUGUUUACAAAUGACCGGCACCAGCGAGGAAAAUAACUCCUACCCACGCUAACUAUAGGAAAAUGUUAAGCUUUGUUUGUGAAAUGUAAACGGAUCCUGUGAAGAUUGUAGUUUAUAGCAUCCUUUACAGGUCAGUGGCGGAAGGAAUGAUACACGAUCGAUGUAUCAAAUAUGUGGGUUGUGUAGGUCUCUAUGGACUCACUUCGACGAUCUCCUUUUUCAAACUGAACAACCCAUGUACUGAUUCUUCCAAGAUACCUUUUCUGUAAUCUAAUAUAAGUUUGGAAAUUAAAUAUAGAGAAUGUUUUAACAA